GGUCUUAUGCCAAAUCUGCAAAUAAAUAUAAACCUUAACCUUUAUUUGUAUUCAUAAUAACAGUGUUAUUUAAAUUUUGGUUCUCUAAUCAAUUCUUCGUGGGCAUUACGCGCAUCGCAUUGGUGCUAUGAAAUAGUCGUGUGUGCCCCCUCACGGCAACAUGUAUUUCGAAGAAGUCUUUGAGCCUUCUUCGUCGAAACCGCGCAGGAAAUGUUCUUCGUCGUCGGACGACGAAUACAACGAGUCUUGCCAAAUUACCAUUGACAACUCGGGAAACAUACUUAAGGUGCUGAAAGAUUUGUUUGUGGAGCAAAAUAUGUGCGAUAUCCAAUUAAAAGUCGGAAACAAGCAGUACGGAGCUCACAGAUUUAUAUUGUGCGCUUCUAGUGACGUUUUUCAGGCUAUGCUGAUGAAUCCCGAGUGGACCGAGUGGCACGAGAGCCACGUCGAGCUUCAAGAAUUACCCAUCUGCGAAAAUGUAUUUUAUACAUUUCUGGAAUACUUUUAUACUGGGAAAAUACUCAUAACCCACACCAAUGUGAUGCCGAUACUCGCCUUAGCCGACAAAUAUUUAGUCAAGAGUCUGUCGCGUAUAUGCCUGACAUACAUGUGCCGGCAUGUACCUCACGCCGCCUCCCACAACCAACUGUCUUCGUGGUUGCAAUACAGUAGCGUCUGCGGGCACAGUCGCGUUUUCGAAACGUGCCAAAACUACUUCAAGUGGAAUUUCGAGUCGGUAGCGAACACCUCGGACUUCAGUAACUUUGACGUAGAGAUGUUCGUGAAAAUUUUGCAACAGAGCGACAUUGUGGUACAUAACGAGAUGAUGUUGUUCAAUUGCGUGGUCAGGUGGCUCCAGUUGCAACGCAUAAGAAUCGAAAAGAACGGGGCUGCCGAAAGUUUCAAGGAACUGGUCGAACGCACCAUGAAGCACAUAAGGUUCCCGAUGAUGACGCCCCGGGAAUUGGCCGAGUUAUUGAUGUCGCCGAUCAUUAAGCAAAAUAAAGAAUUUUUCGUCGACCGUAUGGCUAUAAGCAUGAAAUACCACUCCGGUUACACCGACCAGUUGGAAGCAUAUUACAGUUGCAAGGACACCAAGUUGCAAUUCAUUCCGAGACUUUACACCUCGGACAGUUGCUCGGCUGUUUUGAUGAUCGAAAAUUUCUGGAGUUUGCAGAGUUACCACACCAGCACGUUUGUGUUUUCCUCGCACUUGUCGGCAGCCGAGCACGAGUCGCACAAGAUCAGCGAAUGGGAGGUGGAUUUGUACCCCAAAGGCGUUUAUUUUAAGAAAUGUCUGUUAAUCGUUUGGCAGGGUACGCUCGAAGUUCCAGAGGAAAUUUUACCUACCGUGCGACUUUCGCUCACGUGUCGCGAUUCUCCUGUAUCAAAAAUGAGAGUCAAAGUUUCUGUGCUCAUCUAUGGCCUGCAAGGAGGCGUGGAGUAUCUAAUGGAAGUCAAAGAGAGGGUGCAUUAUUUUACCCCGCAAGAUAAAAUGUUAAACAUCGACGAUUUAAUCCCGUUUAACGAGCUAAAUACCUCCGCUAUUUUCAAAGAUGCCAGCGACACGCCGUACUUGGUCGGUCCCAACAGAGAUACCUUAAAAUUGAAUAUAGUAAUUGCGCCCAUAAAAUAAAGUUGUGAUACUAGGAAUAGAUAUUUUUUAUUUAA